AUGACUGGCAGAAGGCGCUGGAGAAUGGUGUUUUACAGCACUCCUCAGCCUGAACUGCCCCUGCGCCUGGCCUGCGGCCUGAGGCAGCCCCUAGCGCAUCCCUACAAGGCGGGCGUGGGGGAAGAGAUCCCAUGUGAACCCAGCACGCAAAGAAAGGCUGCAGCGGAUCUCCAGACCUCACCUACUCAAGACCAGAAUCUCCGUAUCAGCCUUCUGCACUGGCGGAAAUGCAUUCUUCUCCUAGAAACGACUUCAGCUACUGUUCUUCAGGGGAUUAUUUUGCUACCCCUCCGUGCCAUAUGCAUUGCAUUCAUUUUACUGCUAGCAUGGCUGUUUGCAUCAAUUGCAACUUUCCGUCACCAUGGAAAAGGAUCUGUGCCACUUAAAGGAUGGAGAAGGAGGAUGAUCCAGACAACCCUCUCAUGCCUAACUCGUACCUUGUUCUUCGUAAUGGGUUUCCAAGUUAAAGUAAAAGGGAAAAUAGCAAGUCUGCCGGAAGCCCCAAUCUUUGUUGCAGCUCCUCAUUCAAGCUUUUUUGAUGCCAUUAUUUCUGCCCUAACUGGAAUGCCAUCAAUAGUGUCUAGAGCAGAGAACCUGUCAACUCCGAUAUUUGGCACAAUUUUAAGUUCCCUUCAGCCUGUAUCAGUUUCUCGUCAAGACCCCGAUUCACGAAAGAAUACAGUCACUGAGAUAACUAAGCGGGCAUUAUCAAGAGGCCAGUGGCCACAGAUACUGAUUUUCCCAGAAGGCACCUGCACAAACCGAUCCUGCCUGAUCACAUUUAAACAAGGUGCCUUUGUUCCAGGAGUCCCUGUACAACCUGUGUUGCUCCGAUACCCGAACAAGCUGGAUACUGUGACCUGGACAUGGCAGGGCUAUUCAUUAAAAGAGCUGUGCGUAAUGACACUGUGUCAGCUCUUCACAAGAGUAGAAGUUGAGUUUCUGCCUGUUCAUGUUCCUACUGAGGAAGAAAAGAACGAUCCCAUUCUUUUUGCCAACAGAGUCCGGCAAACCAUGGCAACUGCUUUGAAUGUGCCAGUCACUGAUCACACUUUUGAAGAUUGCAGACUGAUGAUUUCAGCAGGACAACUGACUUUACCCAUGGAAGCUGGGCUGGUGGAGUUCACCAAAAUUAGCAAGAAACUCAACCUAAAAUGGAAUCAUGUCAGAGAGCAGUUGGAUACCUUUGCUGCUAUUGCAAGUGCUUCCAAAGGGGGAAGAAUUGGAAUUGAUGAGUUUGCAGAGUACUUGAAGCUGCCUAUUUCAGAUGUCCUCAAAGAGCUGUUUCUACUCUUUGACAGGAAUGGAGAUGGCACCAUCGACUUCAGAGAAUAUGUAAUUGGUUUGUCUAUUCUUUGUAACCCAGCCAACACAGAAGAGACUAUUCAGAUGGCAUUUAAGCUCUUUGACAUGGAUGAGGAUGGCACUAUAACGGAAGAUGAGUUUGCUUGUAUCAUUCAGUCAGCUCUGGGGGUGCCUGAGCUUGAUGUUUCUAUGCUCUUUAAAGAAAUAGAUGCAGAUGAAACUGGGAAGCUGUCCUAUGAUGAGUUCAAGAACUUUGCACUCAAGCAUCCAGAAUAUGCCAAGUUGUUUACUACAUACCUAGACCUACAGAGAUACCAGUUAGACGUGUUGGAGGAGGAUGACAUUGAAUCACCUGAAGUUAAACACAGUCCAGUUAGAAAGAGUACAAUCCCAGUCUCAGAAACAACACCAAUUGCAAGAAAUAAAGUCUGUCCUGAAGGCAAUGGAGAGGAUAACUCAAGUACCUCUGACAAAAAGGAUGACUGAAAAGAGUUAAAGAAUUCAGCUCUUGAAUUCUACGGGACUUUUUUCCCUAGCUAUUCAUA